CAAUCAGUCGUACACCAACCUUCCGAAACGUAGCUCAGCAGUCAGCAGCUUGCUGCAUUGCUUCCUCUCGGCCGCUGUCCUGCCGGCCGGCCGGCAAGGAACACACCUGCAGGAGCUAGCUUACCGCGGUACCAAGAAUGGAGGGUGCCAGCCGGCCGCCGCUCCUCGCGCUGGCGUGUCUCUGGCUCUGCGCCUUGCUGCCCCAUGGAGCCAGCGCAGCCGGCGAGUGCGGGAACGUGAGCUGCGGCAUGGGGACGUGCAGCGAGUCCAGCGACUACGCCUUCGGCUUCGCGUGCGAGUGCAAGCCCGGGUGGAGCCGCUACCACCUCGCCGGCCUGCAGUUCCCCUUCCUCCCCUGCGUCAUCCCCAACUGCACCAUCCACUCCUCGUGCCAGGACGGAUCGUCGUCGUCCCCGGCGCCGGCCCCGUCGUCGUCGCCUCCAGCGGGGCUGCCCCCGCUAACCGUCUUCGAUCCGUGCCUGAUGCAGUACUGCGGCGACGGCGGCGCCUGCGAGAAGGCGUCGGACUUCGCCCACCGCUGCAGCUGCCGCGACGGCUACUCCAACCUCCUCAACGACACCUCCUACCCGUGCUACCGACAGUGUUCGCUGGGCCCGGACUGCAAGGGUCUGGGGAUCGACGUGAUCAACGGGUCCACGCCGAGCUCGUCGCCGCCUGCACCCUUCUCCUUCACCGUCAAGAAGUCCGGCGCCGGAGCUGCCGCCGCGCCGGCUGGCACGCUCCUCGCGCUGCUCGCAUUCUUCGGGCUCCAGGCGAUAUGGUGAACGAGCUGCCAGGGCGCGGGACAAACGAAAGCACUGCUGUGGGACUCCAGACAAAGAUUUCACGCAGUUUUGAUUUCCGUAUGUACUACAUGGUUUAGGAUAUUUCCUACGUGUAGCCUUGACCGUCAGGAGCCGCAAAGUACCGUUUUGUCCAUCAACCGCUAUAGCAGAGUAAAAAAUUACCGCUACUAGUGUUAUCCAACAUAGUAAGCA